AUGCCUCGCUCCAAAGCAAAUGAAAAUAUUCAAAAUUCUAUUGAAGAAUUAGCUGAAAAAAUACAUAUUUUAAAAGAAGCUGUUAUUACUCAAAUUAAUAUAAUUGACAUUUCAGACCUUAAUAAAAAGUUGAAUGUUUUAAAAGAAAUUGUUGAAAGCCAGAAAAAUGAAAUGGGAGUUUUAAAGGGACAAAUUAAUGAUUUAAAAGAAACUAUUGUAAAUCAAAAUAAGGUCAUCGUUGGAUUAGUAUCAGAGGUAAAAACCACGCUAAAAUGUUAUGUUACACCAGGUCAUUCUUCAACAAAAUAUUCUAAUUUAUUUCCUGUUCUAUCAGAGGGCAAAUUGAAAGAAAUUGAAGAUGAAAUAGACGACGAAACAAAUUUUGCAAUGGUUUCAACAAAAUUCCUUAAUAAUUUACGUAUAGCAUUUAGAUUAAAUAAAAACCGUUACUACAAGAAAAAAUGCUUGAAGAGAAAGGCUGGAAUUGGUAACACAUUUUUAAACAGCGAAGAGGAUUCAGAUUCGGAAAAUGUUGAUCCAGGUAUAGCUGAAUAAAAUCAUUAAACGUAAGAAUCAAAAUCAAUUUUGUUUUAGAAAUUUCUAAUUUUAUUAAAUAUCAUCUGAAUUAUAAUCCUAU